UGUCUGGAUUAGAUGAUUUCUAGGGGUAGAUGGGUCAUUUUGACACACUCAGGAAGCCAAUGUGUUCAUUGUGAAUAAGGCUCGACUACUGUAUGUAGAUUCUUAUCCAAAGCCAAAAGAAUGAUUCGCUAAUGGCAGACUUCACCUCAGGCAGCGUCAUCACACGCGAACACCCACCUAACAGCUUUCUCUACACACUGACACAUGAGAGGAAGGAAGGCGAGCUCCUGAGUCUGGAGGUUCCUUCCUCACCCUGCCUCCUCCCCAUGUCCAAGCUGUCUGGGCAGCUUGCUUCCUUCCAUCUCCCCCCACCUCCUUCCUGUGGCUGAGUGGGGCUUAUGUCACUGGGGUUCCCUGGUAGCUGAUGGCGCAGUCACCACAGAUUGGGGAAGGCAGGAGCGGUGACUCAUGCUGAAGAUCCAGUGAAUCAGACAGAGUGGGCCAGGGCAGGGGCUUCCCUCUUAGGAAGUGCAGCAGCCUUAGCUGUACUGGGGAGAAGGGACCAAGGAUCCCAUUUUCCAAAGAAAGGCCCUUCAAAGCCUCCAAGAAGGAGCUGGCUCGGGAUCAGUCUUUCCCAGCCUUUCCUAGCCUGGCUUGAACCCUGCUGGGGUUCAGAAGCAGGUGUGCUCAAAAUGCCCUAGGCUGUGAGGCCUUCAGUUAAGUGUUAAUGGCUUGAAAGUUCACUUUCCUGGAAAACAUAGUCUUUGCCUCCUGGAGUUGGGAUACUGCACGUGAAGCCUAGCACUACUAUUGAACCGAGAAUGGAAACCUGUUGCCUUUGGAUUCAAAACCUAGGAAACUUUUGCCUGGUAACACAAUAUGGUGGCCCCUACCAGGUCUCCUGGCUUUAAUGGUGAGGUGAAGGCAUAUGUCUCUUACAGAGCCACAGAGGACCCUAGGGUAGUUUGACAGCCAGCCUGAAGGGUAUCGCAGUCUCUCCAUUGCCAGCAGCUCCCUCUUCUUGUCCAGCAGUCUCAUUCCUCCUAGGCACCCCAGAGUCUUUCUCCUGCCGAGAGUCCCUUCCCCCGGCAGAGUAAAGAAGAAAUAUCAGGGAUUCUAAGCCCAUCAGCAAUACCCGUAGUUUACUUUUGUUUCAGGUGCCAGCAUGGUGUAGUAGAACACUAUCUCAGUGUUAUCUCAGGAUAGUUUGUUCAUCAUCAAUAAUGCCUAUUAAUUUUGUCUUUAAAAUAUUGCAUUAAAGUAUGAUUUAUAUGGAUGACUGCUAAAAUCUUUGGUAGUUGGAUUUUUUUUUUCUCCAGAUGAGGAUGAUGUGAUAUGGAGUGUGUUAUGGGCACACGGCCCUGUAGACUGUGCCAGCCGCCUUAAAUUUGUGAUUCUAUUGCCCUCCUAGCCCAGUUCCACCCUAUCUACACACUCCUCUGUCUGUUUCUUCCGCGCUCAGGGAUGGCUCACAAGUCUAGACACCCGUCCAGGGUCAUUUACUUGGGCGACCACAGCGGAUCGCGCGGGGUGGAGCUUGCAGGCUGGGCACCUCGCGUGGGAAGGUCGGUGUAUAAGUCCCGACCUGGCCAGACUUCCUGCCCGCGGGGCCCAAGGCUCUGGCACUGGAUACGCGCCAGGGGGCGUCGACGGGCGGGAGCGGCUUCCUGGGCGCGGGCGGCACAGGCGGCGAAUCGCGGGGACAGCUCACCUGGACCAGCGACAUGGAGGACGGCGUGCUCAAGGAGGGAUUCCUCGUGAAGAGGGGCCACAUUGUCCCCAACUGGAAGGCACGAUGGUUUAUCCUUCGGCAGAACACACUCCUGUACUACAAGCUAGAAGGUGGCCGGCGAGUGACCCCACCCAAGGGAAGGAUCCUCCUCGAUGGCUGCACCAUCACCUGCCCCUGCUUGGAGUAUGAAAACCGGCCGCUCCUCAUUAAGCUGAAGACCCGAACUUCCACUGAGUACUUCCUGGAGGCCUGCUCUCGAGAGGAGAGGGACUCCUGGGCCUUUGAAAUAACAGGAGCUAUCCACGCAGGGCAGCCGGGGAAGGUCCAGCAACUCCACAUACAGAAAAACUCCUUCAAGCUGCCCCCACACAUCAGCCUGCAUCGAAUUGUGGACAAGCUGCAUGACAGCAGCAGUGGAAUCCGGCCGUGUCCCAACAUGGAGCAGGGAAGCACCUACAAAAAGACCUUUCUGGGCUCCUCCUUGGUGGACUGGCUCAUCUCCAGCAACUUUGCAGCCAGCCGUCUGGAGGGGGUGACCCUGGCCUCCAUGCUUAUGGAAGAGAACUUCCUCAGGCCAGUUGGGGUCCGGAGCAUGGGAGCUAUUCGCUCCGGGGAUCUGGCCGAGCAGUUUCUGGAUGACUCCACAGCCCUGUACACUUUUGCUGAAAGCUACAAGAAGAAGGUCAGCUCCAAGGAGGAGAUCAGUCUCAGCACCAUGGAGUUAAGUGGCAUAGUGGUCAAGCAAGGCUACCUAUCCAAGCAGGGGCACAAGAGGAAAAACUGGAAGGUGCGCCGAUUUGUUCUGAGGAAGGAUCCAGCUUUCCUGCAUUACUAUGACCCUUCCAAAGAAGAGAACAGGCCAGUAGGUGGGUUUUCUCUUCGUGGGUCCCUUGUGUCUGCUCUGGAGGAUAAUGGUGUUCCUACUGGAGUUAAAGGCAAUGUCCAAGGAAAUCUCUUCAAGGUGAUCACAAAGGACGACACACACUACUAUAUCCAGGCCAGCAGCAAGGCUGAGCGAGCAGAGUGGAUUGAAGCUAUCAAGAAGCUAACAUGAUCUAUGGGAACAGGGCUAGGGUUCCUGUUCAUUCUUCACAGCUGAUACAGACGGGAUUUCAUGGAGAACUGGAGUACAAGACAGGCAGAGCUUGGGAUGUGGCUCAGUGGUAGAGGACCUGCCACGGCAAUCCUGAGCCCCCCGGUUCAAUUCUUGGAAGUCUUUACCAGUGUCCACUUUGUAAUGCUUUGGAGCGAGACCACUCAAGAUGGUUCCACAGAUGACACUAGUGGAGUGACUUCCCUCCGUCUUCUAAUCAACGACCUGAAAAGCUGGAACAGCUGUUUGGUGGCAGCUGAAGGACAGAAAUCUGUGUCUUGCCAGGCAGUAGUGGGGCACACACCUUUAAUCCCAGCACUUGAGAGUCAGAGACAGGUGGAUCUCUGAGUUCGAGGCCAGCUUGGUCUACAGAGUUCCACGACAGCCAGGGCUACACAGAGAAGUCAUCUUGAGAAACCACAAACACAAAAAACUUGUCUUUGGGGACCAUAGUAGUAUGUAUCUCUUUGUUGGAACACUAACUUGGGCUUUUUAUAUUAAAUACUCUAGUCUCAAGAUAGCGCUCUUAAGUGAUUUCAACAAUUCACAUUUUUAGAAUUAAUAAAGAUUGACAUUUGUUUCUAUAGUUCUUAUACAGUUUUAUGAUCCCCACAGGUUUACUCCCUGUAAGGCCCUAUGUAUUACAGAAACUGGUUAUGGGAAAACCUCAAGUCACCUGUCACUAUGACGACAUAUCUCACAGUGGAGAUGCUGGCAAAUUGUUUAAUGUUCACAAGAUAGUUUGCUUUGCAGAAUAAGAUAACAAAUAUACAAGUCGCAGACUCCUGAAGAAAUCUGUCCAAAAAAAAAGGGAGGGGGCAAGGGCAGAAAUACAGGUUUUCUGUACAAAAUGGACAUUUAGAAAGAUGUGGAUCAAGAGCCUUCUGAACAACAAAGAUACAAAGGGCAAAGUUAAAUCAAGGGCUAAGACUGGUCUAAAAAUGAACAUUAACUGAAAUUAGCAAAGAACUUCCCUAUUUGGAAGGUUAGCCUAAAGUGAAAAGUCUUUAUCAUAGUGUUUUUAUAAACAUUUUUAUUAACUUUAUACAGUAAUCUGGCACAAGUUAUGGCCAGCAUUCUUGUCAAGGACAAUGGUGUGGACUUUGAUAAAAUACAUAACUUACAUUUAUUUAAGGGGAAUGGAUAUUCCUAAAGUGCCUAAGUAAAAACGUCUCAAAAUAGA